AUGGUGCGUGGUGAAUCGACAUCGUCACUACAGGAUAGUGCUGGGAAUUCGAUGCUGGUAGAUGGCGAAGACAUCCAUCAUAAAAGAGGCCUGCAGAAAGACAGCAAAAUUGACGGGUCGGCAUCGGUAGCACGGUUCGAGGAAGAGAUAGACGAUAAGGGAGAAGACAAAGAUAAUGUUCUUAUCAAACCUGUGAAUGACGAGGAUGAUACCUCGGUGAUGAUAACUUUCAAUCAGGGCAUAUCUCCGUUCAUCAUAGUGUUAACCUUUGUGGCGUCGAUUUCAGGAUUUAUGUUUGGUUAUGAUACGGGUUAUAUUUCCAGCGCUUUGAUCUCGAUCGGCACGGACCUGGGCAGAGAGUUGACUUACGGAGACAAAGAGAUCUUGACGGCAGCGACUUCGUUGGGAGCCUUGAUUGCGGGGUUACUCGCUGGUAUCGCAGCUGAUUUGUAUGGAAGAAAGACAUGCAUUCUUCUCUCAAAUGUGAUGUUCUGCAUCGGGGCAAUUCUGCAGACUGCUGCGUUUUCUUUCUGGCAGAUGGCCGCAGGGAGAUUGGUCAUGGGGUUUGGUGUUGGUAUCGGUUCGCUGAUCUCUCCCUUGUUUAUCAGUGAGAUUGCUCCCAAGAUGAUCAGAGGCCGGCUUACAGUCAUCAAUUCGUUGUGGUUGACCGGCGGUCAAUUGAUCGCCUACGGCUGUGGUGCUGGGCUCAAUCACGUCCACAAUGGUUGGAGAAUUCUGGUCGGUUUAUCCUUGAUUCCCACAGUGGUUCAAUUCACUUGCUUCCUCUUCUUACCUGAUACGCCUCGGUAUUACGUCAUGAAGGGCAAUCUUGAUAAGGCUUCCGAAGUGUUGCGCAAGAGCUACAGGAAUGCUUCUGACGAGCUCAUUGCGCAAAAAGUGAAGGAAUUAAUGGAGCUCAACAAUUCUAUCCCAGGUAAAACUGUCACUAGAAAGGUUUGGAAUAUGUUGAGAGAGCUACACACAAAGCCAGCAAACUUAAGGGCGCUUAUAAUUGGUUGCGGUCUUCAGGGUAUUCAACAGUUCACCGGUUGGAAUUCCUUGAUGUAUUUCUCAGGGACUAUCUUCGAGACAGUCGGAUUCUCCAACUCAUCAGCCGUCUCGAUCGUCGUCUCCGGUACAAACUUCCUCUUCACCUUGGUGGCGUUCUUCAGUAUCGACAAGAUUGGUCGUAGGACAAUUUUACUAAUAGGGCUUCCAGGUAUGACCAUGGCUCUUGUCGUUUGCUCAAUCGCAUUCCACUUCAUUGGCAUUAAAUUUGUCGGUAACAGCGCCGAAGUGACCCACAGUGGAUUCUCAUCCUGGGGGAUAGUGAUCAUCGUGUUCAUCAUUCUGUUUGCCGCCUUCUACGCUCUCGGGAUUGGUACCGUUCCAUGGCAACAAUCCGAAUUGUUCCCACAAAACGUUAGAGGUGUGGGGACAUCGUUGGCUACCGCAACAAACUGGGCUGGAUGUCUCGUUAUUUCUUCCACUUUCUUGACAAUGCUGCAGAAUAUCACUCCAUCUGGUACAUUCGCCUUUUUCGCGGCCCUAGCCUGUAUUUCGACAGUGUUCUGUUACUUUUGUUAUCCAGAGCUAUCAGGUCUUGAACUGGAGGAGAUUCAAACCAUUCUAAAGGAUGGGUUCAACAUCAAGGAAUCUCAAAUGCUUGCAAAGAAGAGAAAGCAACAGGUUGCAACCAUGAGCAACCUCAAAUUUGAACCUACUCACGAAAUAGUAGAAGCAUAA